CAUGGUGCCGAUUUGCGGUGCAUGCGCUCUCAGGGUAGAUUUCUUGUAAAGACAGUGUUCUUGGAAGCCGGUGUUAUAGUUGAACACGUAUCUUCUUCCUCCAGCUGUAACGCCAUCAAGGGGAGCGUAUCUCAUUCACCUGUGAUUUGAAGUUGUUCUCAGUCAAGCCACCUUCUAAAAGAAAGAAGAGUUGCGACGCGAGAUCUGAUCGGAGCACUCUCGAGCAUUCCAUCUGCCGGUAUCACAAUUCCGUGUCAACCCCUGCGGUCGCACUUCGCUGCAAGACAUGCACGUGGCCUUAUGACGGCGGGCCACCGUCAGCUACAACGCGCUUGCACAGAGGAUAUAGGUUCCAAUACAUCAGGGACGUCCUAGUAUUUGGCGAAGCACAGGACAACGAAGGGACCAUGGAUGCAGCACCGGUAAUCAGUACCACAGACGAGGACAUUAAGCCCAGAAAGACGUCAGAAAUGUUGGUGUUUGACGACUCGACCCACCUCAACCAGGUCCUCAUGAACCUCAACAAGCUUCGCAAGAACAAGCAGUUCUGUGACGUUGUGCUUCAUGUAGGUUCUGGGCAAGACAUGCACGAAAUCUAUGCCCAUCGUGCAGUGGUAGCGAGUGUGAGUCCCUACCUGUUUGAGCUGCUCGCUCAGAAGACCAAGGGAACCAUGCAAAACCAGUGCAAGAUCAACGGAAACUUUGACAUCAGUGCGUUUGAAAGGCUCGUGGAUUACGCCUACACUUCCAAACUGGAGGUUCCAAAGUCAAAGAUCAAAGCCAUGUACUUAGCGGCAGCCAAGUUGAAGAUACAGCCAGUGAUCAAGUAUUGUGGGCAACACUUAGUGGGUAACAUCACCCCGGACAAUUGCACGGGGAUACGUGCAAUCUUGGCACAGGCUCCAGAUGAAGAUUUGGUGAAUCAAGUAGAUGCUUAUGUGCGAGAGAACAUCAGUGAAGUGCUCAAGAGUAAGGAACUCCAGAGCCUGCCUCACAUACAGGUUGAACUUGUACAGCACAGUAAUGUUGAGAUGGAUUCCACAAACAACAAGCACCUUUGUCACAUGGUCCUGGAUUGGAUGAGGUCGACGUUUGGGGAGCAGGGAUCACUUGAGGCUAUCACCGAAAAGGUGCACAUGCUGUACUUGAAUCUGGACCGCACGUUACAUGACUGCAACGACAUCGAGACGGGGGACGCGAGAGACACGGAAAUGAUUCAGGACUACAAGCGGUUGUCCCGGCGUCUCUCCCAGCCCAACGGUAACAAGAACAAGGGACGUCAGAGCCAAGCCUCCACCCCAGCAAAACCCCGUCAGUUCCUGUACACGCGGUCAGAUUCCAGCGGAUCGUCUUCGUCCGACGAGGAGGACAGGGACUGGAAAGUGGUUGCCACAACAUCUACAGGAGCUCACAGCACUAUGGGACUUGCCCUGGUUAAUGGGAAAAUGGUUGUGCUGUCCGUCGUCCAACGUCUGAACACGGCAUCAAAGGGGACCGAGAGCCCACCAGAGUUAGCACACAGCGGCGAAAGUUACACAACUGUGCCUCCGAUGAUGAGCUCACGCUGCAGUAUGGGAACGGUAGAGUUCCAGGGCAAGCUGCUUGUUUGUGGUGGCUACGAUCGUGGUGAAUGCUUGCGCACGGUGGAGAUCUAUGACCAGGAUACAAAUCGGUGGUCUCUCUUGAAACCCAUGCUGACGGCUCGUGGCCGAGUAGACGCGACUGUGCUCGACGGUUGCAUCUAUGCCAUUGGAGGCAGUGAUGGCAGCAAGGAGCUGUCCUCUGCUGAGGUGUACGAUGGCAGCUCAUGGAAGGCACUACCUCCCCUUACAGUCGCUCGCUCGAAUGCUGGCGUAUGCCGCUUGGAUGGCAAAGUGUUUGUCGUGGGAGGCUGGAAUGGCCAACGUGGGCUCACGUGCUGCGAUGUGUACGACCCCCUCACCAGAGUGUGGUUUGGAGUUGCCCCCAUGCUUAUCGGGCGGUACCAGGCUGGAGUUGCCUGUCUGAACAGGGAGGUGUACGCUGUUGGUGGAUGCGACUCGUGGACGUGCGUCGCUUCCGUCGAGAAGUACAACCCCGCCACAAACACUUGGGUCGAGGUAGCACCAUUGCAGAACGCCCGUAGAGGAUGUGGACUCAUUGAGUACAAUGGAAAGCUCUUUGCAGUGGGAGGCCAUGAUGGGGUGCGGUCCCUGUGCAGCGUCGAGGUCUACGACUCUCAGACCAACAGCUGGAGCAUGGGCCCUUCCCUCACGAGUUGCCGUGCCAACGUGGGCGUGGCGGUCGUCAGCGGCAGGCUGUACGCUGUUGGUGGCUUCAACGGAAAAGCAUUCCUCAACACAGUUGAGUUCCUUGACCCGCGUACAAACGAGUGGACGACGUUUGUUGCAAAGGGGUCUCGUUCACCGUCGCAGUCACUCGAGCGAGAUUGUUCGAGAGAAGGCUCUGCUGAAGAGUGUCGUUGAGGAGGUCUUAACACCUGUUGUCAUUUCAUCAUGCCAUUGUAUUUGGGGUGCAUUUUCAGUGCAUACGGGGACGUCUUCACUGCUGUAAAAACGGUGAGCAGCCGUACUAAACUGUCUUCGUCUCUGUCCGCCAUUGUGAAUCGCUGAUUGAUAGGGUUGUUUUGGUCCACCAUCUCACUGUUUUCAAGUUUGCGCAGGAAAUCUUAGAUCUUUCCCACCAGACCGUGUCUUUUGAAUUGCUUUUGAGAGCUUUACUUUGUAUUCAUUGAUGAUAUAAACAUUGUUAAUAGAAGGAAACUACUGUGAUGAAUGUUGUACACUUUGUUGAUUGUACUAUAAUUUUUGCGUCGCUUCGUACAAGCAGUUCGUGCCUGGAAAAGUUCCGGUAAAGCUUUUGUUCUUAAGUGUAGUGCAAUUUGGCACUCUCAAAACCAAUGUAUAGGGCCUUCCCAUUGGUACAGUACUUAUUUUGAGGACUUACCAAAGCCUACCGAGACUGCCAAGGUAGAGACUAAGGUUGAAGACAAACAGGAUUUUUUACGAGCAAAAUGUUUCGCAGUCAUAUUUGAAAGGAAGAGUAAGGUAAUUCUUCAAUUUCUAUUUCCGUAAGUUGUGCCUAGAACAGGCGAGGCAUGUUUUUUUUUGUUUUUGUUUUUUACAUUGAUGUUCCGCAGUCAUUCCAAUGUGGUUCAGACGUUUUGCAUGCUUCAUAGCUCGUUGUCAGCUAGGUGUUCUAGGAUAGUGUGUCACUGUACCAGUGUGCAUACAUCUGUUACGUUGCAGGCUAAGCCUCCUGUGUUACUGUUUUAUGUACUGUAGUAGAAAGUUCUAAACGUGUCCGCCAAAGUCCACGUAUUGGCAUGGGUGACAUCGCCAUAGAAUGUUCUAGUGCUCACAGGGCAGAAGUUCCGCCGUGUCUUGUGCCGAGCGUGCGCACGAUGCCAGAAUAUUAGGAGUGCGGGCUACAUUAGGCUGCGGGAUAUCUUCUGGCUGCUCCACAGCAUAUUCCUCAUGGCUAGCAGUGCCCGAAAAGGCACCAUGUUGACAAGACCUCUGUGGCAGCGGAGAGCUGCGACGUUUUUCGAGUGUUCCACUGGAGUAAUCUGGACAAUGUCACUCGUGCGAAUACGUGGAGAGCAUCAUGUCUGAUGGCUUCGAUGACAAAACCCCGUCCCACAGCAAGUGCAUUGCUACCCAUCUGUUUUUGGGAACAAUGAGAUGCACCAAUUGAUGGUGAUUUUUCUUCUUUUUUUUUUUUUCAUACUGGACAUUUGCACAUGAAAAUAUUUGAGAAAUAUAAAAUGUACAUACA